GAUGAACAUUUUUUUUUUGGUCAUUUUCUUGAUAACUAAAGUUAAUUAAAGGUUAGAGGGAAGAACUUUCAGAAACAAACACUCAACAGAUCGGAAGAAACUGAAAUCACACAAACACUCAACAGAUCGGAAGAAACUGAAAUAUCUCAGAGCUCAAAUUGUUCAAUAGCUUUUAGUAUCAGAUAAAUGGCUAGAUACGAUAGAGCGAUCACUGUUUUCUCGCCGGACGGCCACCUAUUCCAAGUGGAGUACGCCAUGGAAGCCGUACGCAAAGGAAACGCAGCCGUCGGUGUACGUGGAACUGACACUGUUGUCCUUGGCGUCGAGAAGAAGUCUACUCCCAAGCUUCAGGACUCCAGGUCAGUAAGAAAGAUAGUAAAUCUAGAUGAUCACAUUGCAUUGGCCUGUGCUGGACUGAAAGCAGAUGCACGAGUCCUUGUGAAUAAGGCACGUAUUGAGUGUCAGAGUCAUAGGCUUACGGUUGAAGAUCCUGUUACCGUUGAGUACAUAACUCGGUACAUUGCUGGUCUUCAGCAAAAGUAUACUCAAAGUGGUGGGGUGAGGCCAUUUGGCCUAUCCACCUUGAUCAUUGGUUUUGACCCACAUACAGGUGUCCCCUCACUUUACCAAACAGAUCCAUCAGGUACAUUCUCAGCUUGGAAAGCCAAUGCGACUGGCAGGAACUCCAACUCUACUCGCGAGUUCUUGGAGAAGAAUUACAAAGAAACAUCUGGCCAGGAAACUGUGAAACUGGCAAUACGUGCUUUGCUUGAAGUUGUUGAAAGUGGUGGAAAAAACAUAGAAGUUGCUGUGAUGACAAAAGAGCAUGGGCUUAAGCAACUUGAGGAAGCUGAAAUUGAUGCCAUUGUUGCUGAGAUCGAAGCAGAGAAAGCAGCUGCAGAAGCAGCCAAAAAGGCCCCGCCAAAAGAAACCUAAUUCUGUUGAAAUUCACUCUUAACUAUCCCUGAAUCUUCUUCUUUCUUUCUUUUUUUGGAUCAAAUUGAGUGCAGUAUUCCUUGAAUUUUAAGAUUUUGGUCUACUUGGUGCCUUCUAAGACUGAUCUUGUUGUCGGGCCAACACCUUUGUUAAAAUUGUUUUAUGGUACUAUGAAGUCAUGCUCCCGCAGACCCCUGCCUAUUUGGGCGUUGCUUGAUAGUUUAAUGUUUUGUCAUGUUAUUUGGUAGUUCUUGUAGUUUGGGAAUUUAGUUGUGAAAUAUCAGCAUUUGUUUGUGCUCUUUCCUCAA